AUGUUUAUCAAAUGCAAUACAAUCGAUUUAACUAUUCCGUUUUCUACGCCAUCACCACUUGAUGUGCCUUAUGAAGUGCAUACAAAGGUUCCUAUAAAGUCCAAUUCACACACGCUUGUAUUUGCAAUGGAUAAUGAAGGCGGAAGUAUAUAUUUUUUUGGCGGCUUUAGAGUUUCAGGAGGCAAUAGUAUAUACAGAUACUCUAUAAAGUUAGAUGGUUGGACUGAAGUAACACCAGUAAAUGGCGUUAUAAUGCCGUCUGAAUCUACAACUAGAGUUAUUGGAGUUAAGGAUAGUAGUAAUAAUAAUAUUUAUAUAUUUGAUAAUAGCACCAUGUACAUUUAUGACGCAUUAAAAAAAUCUCUGCAUAUUUCUCUCGAUUCGGCGCCUUACAAAAUUUAUUAUUAUGCUACCGUUAUGCUAAAUACUGGUGUAAUUGCGUAUAUUGGUGGCAGUAAAGCACCAAAUGGUAAUAUGUCCAAUAUUCCUAUGAAUGAGAUUCUUACAUAUGAUACAUAUUUAUCAAAAUGGGAUAUAAAGAAUGCCACGGUUGCUCAUGGCGCAAUUCCAGUUCCACGACAAGGUCAUUCAGCAUCCAUAGCACCAGAUGGUCGGAUUUUUGUAUAUGGUGGCUAUGAUGGUAAUGACAAUGCAAUUGAGCUUAAUGGAAGUUAUCCCAUAUUUGCGGUUCUUGAGCUUGUUAGUAACGAAUUUGUGUGGUCCAUUCCUGAACUCAUCGGUCUGGCGGGUAAUUUUAGGAUCUUCCAUACCUCACAUGUAUUCGAGAAUUAUUUGAUCGUUACAUUUGGGCAAAAUAAAACGAAUGGUAGAAUGAGUACAAUCGAUCUGAUUGAUAUAAGUAAUAGAGAUAUUUAUAAAUUUGUCACAGACUUUACACCACAGGGUUAUGUACCACCUGUACCAUCAUCAUCAUCACCACCAUCAUCACCAUCUCUUAAUAACAUCAUAAUAGCAACAGUAAUUGGUUCCGUUGUGGGUUUGGUUGUUGUUGGAUGUACUUUCUUUUUGAUAAGACGUUAUCGACAUUAUAAAUAUCGAGAUGUUAUUCCUACUAGUUAAAAGAAUUUAAUAAUAGAGGGAAUUUAAAAAUCAUUGAUCGAUUAACGCAUAUUAUUAAAUAAUUAAUUAAUUUUUCGAAUACUAUAGACAUAAAAUGCAGAAUAGACGAAACAAUGCAUAAAGUAACUCUGGUAGUUAUUUUUUUUCAAAACCACAUUUUUUUCAUUAAUUAAUUAACCAGAUGGUUUGAUCGAACAAUCAUGGUAACUUGAUCUAUCAAAUUAUCAACAUUUUAUAAUAUUUAUUAUCCUGAUUUUAUUCAUUAAGAUCAUUUUAUUUAAUAAA